AUGACCGGCGGGGCCGGGGCCGGGGCCGGGAUGGGGCAGCGCGAUCGCAUGUUCAAGGUGCUGGUGGUCGGGGACGCCACGGUGGGCAAAACAUCGCUGGUGCAGCGCUACGCGAACGACAGCUUCAACCGGCACUACAAAUCCACCGUGGGAGUGGAUUUUGCCCUGAAGGUGGUUCAGUGGUCGGAGUCAGAGACGGUGCGGCUGCAGCUCUGGGACAUCGCAGGACAGGAACGUUUCACGUCCAUGACCCGCCUGUACUACAAGGAGGCCUCAGCCUGUGUCAUCAUGUUUGAUGUCACCAACAUCAGCACCUUCAGCAACAGCCAGAAGUGGAAGCAGGAUUUGGACAGCAAGCUCCUGCUGCCAGACGGGAACCCCGUGCCUUGCCUGCUGCUGGCCAACAAGUGUGACCUUUCCCCCUGGGCAGUGACAAGAGAAGAAGUGGAUCGGUUCAGCAAGGAAAAUGGCUUUUCGGGAUGGGUGGAGACUUCUGUCAAGGAAAACAAGAAUAUCAAUGAGUCCAUGAGAGUGCUGAUUGAAAAGAUGAUGUCCUCAUCCACGGGUGAUGGAAGUUCCUCCACUGCUGGGACUGGGGAUUAUAUUAACUUAAAAGAGACCUCCCCACCAGGCUGGGCCUGCUGUUAGAGCCCCUGACACCCCAUCCCCUCGGGUCUAGCAGUGAUGGGCCUUCUAUUAUCAUCAUCAUUUCUCCCUGAACUGGCUCUUGCUGGUUUUAGGGUGUUUUUUUUACAAGCUCAUGGGCUGUUUCUGUAUAGUGAAUAUUCUGUCUCAGCAGAGCAUUGGUGCAGUGACUCGAGUGAGGAGUGGAAAGGAGAGGAGUGGGAAGAUCCCUCUUUUUUCCCAGUGUAGCUGCAGCUCUGCUGCUCUGAUGUAGCACUGCCCAUGUCCAAGCUCAGGGCUUGGAUUACAUUUGUUUUUUUAAAUUUUCAAGCACUUCACCUUCUGCCACGUCCUGGCCCGUCCCUGGGCUGCUGAAGGUGUGUUUUUAAUACUGUUGCACCUUUAUCCCCCACCACCUGCACCCCCCACCCCCAGAGGCACCAGCCCAAGGCCUUGCAGUGACCUUGGCCCACACACAGAGUCCGGGAGGUCUUCCCUGUGGAUUCCCAGCGUGGGAUUACAGCUCCUUCCUCCCUGCCCUGGAGAGACCCAACACAUCCCAUCGUCGUCCCGAAGGUGUGAAGGGGGAUGUGGAUCAACGUGGUGCCCGUGGAGCUCUGAAGGUACCAGGGGGAAUUUGGGAGGUGGUGCAGCACAGCCCCUCCCUGUCCUGCAGUUCUGACUGUGCUGUUCAACAGCAGAGACCCCAAAUUCCAGUCAGGAACAGCCCAGCUGCCUCCUGUCCUCCCUCCUCUCUCCCCCUCUGGCACAAUCCCAUCCUCCUGCUGUGCUGCCCCUUUAUUGGGGCAGGGGGAGCUGGAGGAGGGAUGGGCUGUAAACCCCUUUGUGUGCCAGAACAAGAGUCCUUUUGCACUUUUUAGCACUCCCUGGAUCCCCAAACCACCCCAAACAGCCUUGCAACUGCUGAUGAAUUGCCUUCCCACCAUUAUUAUCCUGCAGCCAGGAGGGGAUUUGGUGGCAGGGCUGGUGUAGGAAACAUCCCCCCCACACUGCUUUUAGAGGAGG